AUGUCUGCUAACGAUUUUUACAACUCGGGCCCUCAGGGCGAGCGCACAGAUCAGCAAAGUCAUAACCAGAACCAGAACCAGAACCAUGACGAAAACUUCCAGGGCCUGAAUGAUAACCAGACCAAGAAUGAAGGUGAACAGACAGAUAGAAGUCUCAUGUCGUCCAUUGUGUCUGGAGCUAUGGGCCACAAGAAGCAAGGAGGCGGAUUGGAGAACAUGAUUGGUAACCAGAUCGGCCAGAUGCUUUCUGGAAAGAACAAACACGGCAACCUGGGACAUGGAAACGGUGGCUAUGGAAACCAAGGUGGAUAUGGAAACCAAGGAGGCUAUGGAGAUCAGGGAGGUUACGGCCACCAAGGUAGCCAGGGUGGAAUGGGAGGAGUGGGAGCAAUGGUUGGCAGUCUACUUGGUCUGGGAGGAAGUGGAGGUAGCCAUGGAAGUGGAAAUGGCCAGGGUGGGCUCGGUUCCUUGUUGGGCUCUUUGACAGGUCAAGGUGGCGGCAACCAUGGAAGCAACCACGGAAGCAACCAUGGAGGCAACCAUGGAGGCAACUAUGGGGGAAACCAAGGUAGUAAUUAUGGAGAUAACUACGGAGGAAACCAUGGUGGCAACUAUGGUGGCAACUAUGGAGGAAACCAUGGAGGAAAUCAUGGUGGAAAUCAUGGAGGAAACUAUGGAGGAAAUCUGUUUGGUGGACGUAACGACAACGACAACUCGUGGGGAUAUGGCGGAGGAAACAACGAAGGUAACUACGGAGGCAACCACGGAGGCAACCACGGAGGCAAUCACGGGGGAUACGGUGGUCAAGGUGGUCAAGGUGGAUAUGGUGGUAACAAUGGUGGCAGAUGGUAA